AUGAAGCAAACUGAUAGUAUCACGAUAUCAUCGCCAUAUAAAUCAUCACCAGAAGCGAGAAUUAAAAGACAAGAUGAAUCACCAACAAGGAUAGUAUUAUCAGAAGUGAGGCUAAAUAUGGAUCGUCCUUGUGGAAGCCUCGCCGUUCGAACAAGUGAUGUCCAGAGCGAUGUGAUCGAAAAACCGGAAAAGCCGGAUGAACAUGAAAAUGUUUCUACAGAAAAGAAAGAACAGCAAGUUAAAUCGUGUGAAACCAAUAUGGAUCGUAGUAAUCUACGUGACGUUACACCGAUACGACGAAGAACGGAUAUGGAAGAGUACCGCCGAAGCGACAAGAAAGAUUUAUUGGGCGAAAUGAGAAAAGUGAUCAAUGCUAAUCAUCCUACGCGGAAAGCUAGAAGGAGAAAAGUUUUUCAAACAGAUGAAAAUGCAAAAUAUACCGUUCAAAGAGAAAGCGAUUGUCAAGGUUGCAAAUUUGUGGAGUUUGAGUUAAAGAUUCUUACAGAAAAGAUGAAAGAAUUAGAAAGAAAAGUGAAACCAAGAUUAAAAAUAAAGAUACUUGGCAAUGAAAGUUUCUUGAAAAAGGAAGAUUUGGAAAUCCGAAUUAGAGAGUUUCAAAAUGAAAUGAUAGUUCAGAAAAGUUACUAUCAAAAAGAAUUGGAAGAAAGUUGUAAUGAAAAAGAACGAUUAAAAAUGGAACUGAUGAAAGUCGAUGAGAAAAUUAGUAUCUUGGAAAAAGAAACAGAAAAGGUUAAAAAAUCCAAUAAUCAAUACCUAUCCAUUAUACAGGUUAUGCGAGAAAACUCCGCAGAAUAUUUUCAAGAUCAAAAAAAUCUGUUAGAAAUGAAUCGAUUAGCAAAAGCGCAAUUGUAUCAAUCGAAUGAAUUGAUGGCAAAACAAUAUGAAAUAAUGCUUAAGAAAGCAUGUGAUGAUAAUUUGAAACUUUACAUUCAUCUUAAGAAGAUUGAGAAAAUUUUUGAAGAUGAAAAUGUUCAAAUGUUACGAUCAAAAGUGUUCCGUCGACAAAUGCAGAAAAAAUUGAAUGUAUUAUUGGGAAAGUUUAGAAAUGAAAUAAAUAGUUCAAAUAUGAAAUGGUUAGGUGAAGAAAAUAUACGUCAUGCUGCAGAUAAUUUUGAAGCAAUAAUAGAAACAAUUUUAAAUGAUAAGCCAUCAUUUCAUUUCUUAGUUGAUCGACUUACAAUUUUCAUCAAGGAACAAAUUCUUAAUGAGCACUUUAAAUUAUCCGAGAGUGGUAGUAGUAAGAAAGAAUUGAUCAAAAGCCAAGGAUCAGAAGCAUUCGUGAUGUUUAAGAGAAAAUUCCGCGAACGGAUUUGCUCAAUGUUGGAAAGGUUUGCAGAAAGACAGAAGAACGAAUUUUCCAAAAACAUUUCGAUGGUAUUAAACCACCUGAAUGAUGCUGAUGAAAGAAUUGAUACCAGUUUAACGAAUCGUGUUGAAAAUAUGGGUGAUAUUAUUGCCGUUAUUGAUUGUAAACAAAAUGAUCUCCGGCAGAUUGAAGAAAUAUUGGAUUAUAAUAAUGCGAUGGUGAAGACAUUCUCUGAUCGAAGAAAUAUUACAGUGGAAAUGACAAGUGAUUCACUGAAUUUUGAUAAUCAAAAGCGUAAGCUGAGGGAAACGUGUGUCUAUCUUACCGAUGGAUAUGUGAAGCUUAAAAAACAAGUGGAAAAUCUGGAGAAAAUGCAUAAACAACUUUUGUUGACUUCCAGACUGCGGAUGAAUCAAAGUGUGAGUAUGCGUGUUUCAGAUGAUGAUUGGAAUAAGGAAGUGAUGCAAAAGUUUCGUCCUGCACCAUCAUAUGUCGGAAAAUUAUCGCUUUUUUUUCCUCCUACAGCUUCAUAA